CUUCUCUUCACCACCCACAACACAAAGCAACACUUUUUCACUUCUCUCCCAUUCUAGAGAAACACUGUUUCUGUUUCCGCGACCAUGGCCAGCGUGAAGGUUGCAUGUAUGGUUGUAAUGUGCAUGGCUGUGAUGAGUGCACCUAUGAUGAUGGUGCAGGCCGUUACAUGUGACCAAGUGACAGCGAGCCUGGCACCGUGCCUAGGUUACUUGAUGAACGGUGGAGCGGCUGCACCAGGGUGCUGUAGCGGAGUAAAGAACAUUCUGGGUGCUGCCGGAAGCUCCGCUGACAAACAAACCGUGUGCAAGUGUCUCAAAGAUGCUGCUGGUAAGUAUAACAUCAAUGAACAGUAUGCUCAGGCACUCCCUGGCGUCUGCAAGGUCAAUAUCCCUUACAAGAUCAGCCGCUCCACCAACUGUGCAGACAUCAGGUUCUGAAAAAGCAAGUAGCUUUCCUAAUUUCUGCGAAGGCAGCAUUGUAGCAGAUACUAUCAGAAUAAUAAAGAGAAAGCGAGUGUCACUGUAGGGCUCCACUUAUGCGAGCCUGUUAGUUUCUCUGCUUCUGUUAUUAUAUAGUCUUUGUUGUUGGGUGCGAUUUAAUGUAUCUUACUUGAUUGUUGCAUGUAACAAUUACGUGUAUGAUAUGGUAAUUUCAUCCUACUAUUA